AUGCAUUCAUCUUUACUUUUUCUCGCAGGUCUAUCUUCUCUGGCUUUGGCCAUUCCAAAUGCGAAGACUGGUUUAGGAAAACGAGACACUACGCUGAUCCCAACCUCAUGUUUUGACUCGACUUCGACUCUUACGGAAUACUUCGACUACAACUACCCAUGGGGCGAUACCCACAAUGGAGCCGCUAUAAUGAGCAGCGCGAACGCUGUUAUCUCCACUGCUGGCACUCUUACCCUGAACGCAACAUACACCGGUAACUCAGACUAUGCCUACGACUCAGGAACGGUAUAUGCGAAGCAAAGCUUCACAGUUGAAGAAUCCGGUGGCUUGGAUUUCUCUGCUGAUUUCCUCGCACCCGUGGCACUAGGAACAUGGCCUGCAUUCUGGCUGGAUGGUGUGAACUCUUGGCCUCCUGAGGUUGAUAUUGCGGAAUGGAAGGGUGAUGGCGAAAUUAGCUUCAACACUUUUAACACUUCCAGUGUUGUUGAGGCCUAUAAUGUUGACUAUCCUGAUUCGACAGAAUUUCAUACUGUCAAGGCUGAAUUCCGUGAUGAAAAUGGAAGUGAUGUUAGCAUCAAGUUUUAUCUUGAUGGUACGCUCACGACGACUCAGUAUGCUAGUGGUCUGACUGGGCAGCCUCUGUAUUUGAUCAUUGAUUUUCAGAUGGAGGGGAGUAGUGGCAGUCCUGGCCCAACUGGAAGUAAGUCUUUUCUUGCAUUUUUGAACAGAUGA